GGGCCCCGGGCGCCCUUACCGGGGAACGGCGCCCGGCUUUGCGCGCUGGCCUUGGCUCGGACGUCCCCGCGCGGCCGCCCGCCGCCCGAUCACGCUCCAGCGCCGGCGGUCCGACGUGCCCGGAGCCGCGAGCCCAUGGAGGGCCUGGGCCGCUCGUGCCUGUGGCUGCGUCGGGAGCUGUCGCCCCAGCGGCCCCGGCUGCUGUUGCUGGACUGCCGAAGCCGCGAGCUGUACGAGUCGGCGCGCAUCGGCGGGGCGCUGAGCGUGGCCCUGCCCGCGCUGCUGCUGCGCCGCCUGCGGCGGGGGAGCCUGUCGGUGCGCGCGCUCCUGCCCGGGCCGCCGCUGCAGCCGCCCCCGCCCGCCCCGGUGCUCCUGUACGACCAGGGCGGCGGCCGCCACCGGCGCGGGGAGGCGGAGGCCGAGGAGUGGGAGGCCGACUCGGUGCUGGGCACCCUGCUCCAGAAGCUGCGGGAGGAAGGCUACCUAGCGUACUACCUGCAGGGUGGCUUCAGCAGAUUCCAGGCGGAGUGUCCCCACCUGUGUGAGACCAGCCUCAGCAGCCGAGGUGGCCCCAGCACAGCCCUAGGGCCCAGCCCAGUGGUGGGGCUGGGUGGCCUCUGCCUGGGCUCUGACUGCUCUGAUGCCGAAUCUGAGCCGGACCGCGAUGCCAUGAGCUGUGGCCUGGAUUCGGAGGGUGCCACACCCCCCCCAGCAGGGCUGCUGCCCUCCUUCCCUGUCCAGAUCCUGCCCAACCUCUACCUGGGCAGCGCCCGGGAUUCAGCCAACGUGGAGAGCCUGGCCCAGCUGGGCAUCCGCUACAUUCUCAACGUCACCCCCAACCUCCCGAACCUCUUCGAGAAGAAUGGUGACUUUCACUACAAGCAGAUCCCCAUCUCAGACCACUGGAGCCAGAACUUGUCCCAGUUCUUUCCUGAGGCCAUUGCAUUCAUCGAUGAGGCCUUGUCCCAGAACUGCGGGGUGCUCGUUCACUGCCUGGCAGGCGUCAGCCGCUCUGUCACCGUCACCGUGGCCUACCUCAUGCAGAAGCGCCACCUCUCCCUCAACGAUGCCUACGACCUGGUCAAGCGGAAGAAGUCCAACAUCUCCCCCAACUUCAACUUCAUGGGGCAGCUGCUGGACUUCGAGCGGAGCCUUCGGCUGGAGGAGCGGCGCGCCCGGGAGCGCAGCAGCGGGGGGCACAAGGCCUCGGCCUCCGACCCGCCCUCCUUCUUCACCACCCCUACCAGCGAUGGUGUCUUCGAGCUGGACCCCACAUAGGGGCCCGCUCCACCCCCCAGUGGGUGCCCCUGACCACCCGCGGGCUGGGGCGGAGGUGGGAGGGGGCUCAGCCGGAAGCAAG